AUGCAUUUGAGGCCCAAGAGCACCAAAAUUGACCAUGCCUUAGCUCGAAAGAUAAAAGCCAUCCAUAUUGAGCCAUUAAACAUGAUUGUGACACCUAAGCAAUCAAAUGGUCAAGCCAUGAUGAAGGAGAAAGCUCAUCGACAAGCUUCUCAUUACCGAGAAGAAUUGGAGGCUCUUAAUAAAGCUUACGUUGAAAUUGAACAAAAGCUGAAAAAGGUCGAGACCGACCUGAUGAAUUAA